ACUUAUAUACCCCAUGUGACGGUGACGCCGCGCAUCACGUGUCAGUGACAUCACGGGGGGGCGGAGCCGGGCAGUAGGAACUGGCAGCAGCCCUGGAGCCGGACGGUAUCGGCGCUGCGGGACUUUUAAACAGCGACCCGGGGUACCGGCGGGCUUGGGAACAUCGGGAGCGUCCCGGGAAGGGCGGGAGUGUGGGGCGGGAUGCUGUGCUGCCGGACUCUGCUGUGGGCUCUGUGCGCCUCCUUCCUGCAGCCGGGCCGGACCCACAGCCCUACCGAGACUGCCCCGGAGGAUCCCAUUCUCAUCGAAUUCUGCCGGAUAGACAAGGUCCUGUGCCACAAUGCGGACGAGCUGCUCAGCUUCGAGGCGGUGAUGAGUAUUCACAAGCAGAUGGACGAUGAUGCCAACGGCAAUGUGGAUGUUGAGGAGAGUGACGAGUUUCUCAGGGAAGAUCUGAAUUACCACGACCCCACAGCCAAGCACAGCACUUUCCAUGGGGAGGACAAGCUGAUCAGUGUGGAGGAUCUCUGGAACUCGUGGAAAACAUCCGAAGUCUAUAACUGGACCGUGGAUGAAGUUGCCCAGUGGCUGAUCACAUAUGUGGAGCUGCCCCAGUAUGAAGAGACCUUCCGGAAGUUGCAGCUGAGCGGAAGAGACAUGCCCAGGCUGGCAAUCGCCAACGCCACCAUGACUGGCACCCUGCUCAAAAUGACCGACAGGAGUCAGAGGCAGAAGCUUCAGCUCAAGGCUUUGGACACAGUGCUGUUUGGGCCCCCCUUGUUGACCCGGCACAACCAUCUCAAGGACUUCAUGUUGGUCGUGUCCAUAGUCAUCGGGGUGGGAGGCUGCUGGUUCGCCUACAUCCAGAACCGCUACUCCAAGGAUCACAUGAAGAAGAUGAUGAAGGACCUGGAGGGGCUGCACCGGGCUGAGCAGAGUCUCCAUGACUUGCAGGAGAGGCUACAGAAGGCCCAGGAGGAGCACCGCACGGUGGAGGUGGAGAAGGUUCAUCUUGAGAAGAAGCUUCAGAAUGAGAUCAGCCUGGCCAAGCAGGAGGCCCAUCGGCUACGGGAGCUCAGGGAGGGCACCGAGAAUGAACUGAGCCGCCAGAAAUACGCAGAGCAGGAACUGGAACAGGUGCGUAUGGCCCUGAAAAACGCCGAGAAGGAGCUGGAGUCGCACAGCAACUGGUCGGCCCCGGAGGCGCUACAGAAGUGGCUGCAGCUGACGCACGAGGUGGAGGUGCAGUACUACAACAUCAAGAAGCAGAACGCAGAGAAGCAGCUGCUGCUGGCGAAGGAGGGGGCAGAAAAAAUCAAAAAGAAGAGAAAUACGUUAUUUGGGACGUUUCACGUGGCGCAUAGCUCCUCCCUCGAUGAUGUCGAUCAUAAAAUCCUCACAGCAAAACAGGCACUCAGUGAAGUGACCGCCGCUCUCCGUGAGCGUUUGCACCGCUGGCAGCAGAUUGAGACCCUCUGUGGCUUCCAGAUUGUGAACAACCCCGGUCUCCAUGCGCUGAUGGCCGCUCUGAACAUAGACCCCAGCCUUAUGGGGGUGUCACGCCCCGCACCCACACACUUUAUCAUGUCGGACGACCUGGAUGACUUGGAUGAAGAGAUUAUAUCUCCCAUCACUAUGCAAUCACCCAACCUGAGCAGCCUUCGGCAGCGGCACGUGGACUCCCAGCUUGCCCUCGGAUCCCAGAGGUUGGUAGAAGGAUACUUGGUGAGCCAGAGCGAGGCCACCCCACAGAUCCAUUACCGUCCCAGCAAGGUGUCUCUCCACCGAAUGCGCAGUCUCUCUUCUGGACAGUCUUUCAGCUCUGAGCAUCACCCUGGCGCUGUCUCUUCCGCCGCCUCUCCCUCUACGUGCCCCCCAUUUUCCACUUCCCCUCUGCCUCCUCCAGGGCCGCACUCUCAUCCUGUCUAUUACCAUCACUCUACCACUUACUAUGUGCAGAUGGACUCCCUUCCUGAUCUGCCCCCUGAUGUCACUUCGGGGAUCCCAUGUCGCUCCCCCAGCGUUGGGGACCUGAGUCGCUCAGAUUCGGAGUCUUCCCUCCCGUACGUGACUGAGCCGAGGGCCGGGGGCCACACGUCCAAGAUCCCCAGCUCCAAAGCUUUGCCCAGAACCCUGGAAGAGACCCCCAACGGGGGCAACCGCCACUUAGAACUGGCAAACGUCAGCGCCGCCGCGCAGGAGAGUCUGCCCGAAAGCCCCCAGAUGGGCAAAAAGUUGUCGGAAAAGGCCCCCAGCCUGGGGGAGAUCAGCGCCGCCGGUACCGCCCAGUCCCAUUCGGACUCUUCCAGAUCCCACAGCCCAAGCUCCACAGAAGCAGACACGCCGUCCCCCGAAUCCAAGCACAACAAUUCCAAGGGGGGCGGCACCCGGAUCCCCCAACUGGCGGGGAAGAAGGCGGCGGCGGAAGACGACAGCGGCUCCACCGGGGAGGACACGGACUCGCUCACCGGCAAGAAGAAGCUGACGCUGAAAAUCUUCAAGAAGCCAAAGAAAUAAGGACUACGCCAUUGUUCCCCGAGGAGCAAAGGAACCCCCCCGGGGUAAUGGGAGUCGUCGCUGUUACCCCCCCUGGCUGGGGAGUUGGACCUUAUUGCUCUCCCACCCCCAGGGGGCGCGGUGCCGCCGACACACACACGUGGGGGGGGGGGAGGCUGUUCAUCCGCUGGGGCAGAAUCCGCUUUGCCUCCCCCCCCCGUAUAAGUGGGGGUGUCCUUGCUUGGCUAUGCAUGGCUUCUGGGCCAACCAACCAGCACCUGAACCAGGGCAUUGCUUUAUUUCUAUUGGGUGAGGGGAGAGGAGGGGAUUCAGGACUUACUGGUUUAUUCUGGGGGGGGGGGGGGGGGGGAGACGUUUGCAAAGUUUUGUCUUUUUUUCAUGUUUUUGUUUUAUGUUCCUUUCUCUCUUUGCUUCCUAUGGGCAUGCGGAUACAUACGGGAAAUUCAAUAAAAAAUCCUAAAAUCCUA